AUGUCUGCAGAAUCUACAGAGCGCAUUGCAACACAAUUACUGGGGAAAAGGAGAGAGCGUGAUCCAGAGAAAAGUGAUGAGGGAGUAAAUGGGCCUAGAAAGAGACAUAGAGAAGUUCGGGAUGAAACUUCGGACGGCCUGAUGAUUGUACAUCCAAAGGAUAUAGACUUGCAUGGACAACUAACGAGUGGUCGCAAUUAUCGCACACACUCGGCAUUCCACAGAGGGCGCGUUGUGGCGGUCAAGGUUUUCGAUGGGCCUCGCGCCAAGCAGAGUUGGAAGCUCAAUCUUACUUUAGCCAAAAACCUUCUCCAUUCCAAUGUUCCAAAAACUAUUGGGAUUUCUGGCGAAAACAUAUGGGGAAGUCCAUUCAUCGUUUUUCAGGGAAUAUCUGACAGAAAAAUGAACUCGUUGUUAGCUAAAACGUUGCGUACCGAUCUGAAUAAAAGUGUUCAGCUAUCGAUGAAAACGGUCAAAGGGCUCGCGGCAGGACUGAGUUACGUGGAAUCUCAGAACCUUCUAUCGAAGGGCAUAGUUAGCCAUCUGAAAUGGGAGAACUUCGACAUUUUUGCUGGUGACUGCGAUCAGCCAGUUCUUUCAGUUCACUUACCUGAUACCACUGCUCAUGGACUCCAUCCGGCUCCAUCUUUUUACCAUUCAGAAGACCACCGUGGUGGCAUCGAGAUAUUGAACGGGGUCUGCCAGAAAGUUCGUACUCGUUCUAUGGUAGACAGACCUAUCCAUCGCUGA